AUGAUUAAAUCAGCUAAAUCAAAUGGUGGAGGUUUGGAAAAAAUUAUUCAAAAUGAAAAAGGAAAUUGCUGUAAUUGCAAACCUUCAAGACGCUUUUCACUUUUAGGAACCCUUCGGAGACUUGAAAGGAAGGUCCAGGACGCCGCUGAACUCCAUUUUGAAGAAACUGAAAAGGAAAAAGAAAGAAAGAAUAAAAAAAAAUUCGAAAGAAAAAAAGAUACGGAACGGUCCCAUUUCGAAGGUAAACUUCGGAAAGCCAGCGCAAUGGAACAAUUUAAUAAUCGAGGAGUAUCAAGGUGCGAAACUUCUAUUAAUUCUGUUAGAAGUGUUAAAAUUUCUGUUAUAUUUGACAUGAUGUUUUCGGCUCUUCGGUUUCUGUAUGACUGGAUGGAAUUUCAAAGGUUUUCGGCUCUUCAGUUUCCAUAUGACUGGACGGAAUUUCGAGGUUUUUGGCUUUUCGGUUUCCGUAUGACUGAAUGGAAUUUCGAAGGUACCUCUUCAAAAUUCUGA